AUGGCAUUGUCAGACUCAGUCACUACUUGUCUUUCUCCACCUGUGCAUUACGUAAUUUGCAAACUUGGAUUUGAGAAGAAAGACACUUAUGAUAUUAAUAAUAUUUUAUCUGAAAAUGGUGAAGUAUGUUGGCAAGCUGUUACAGAGCAUGUGUGUUACCUUGAAUCAGAUCAAAGUGUGGAUUAUAUCAAAAGCAUACGAUCAUUAGGACCUGUAUGUGAAUCCGUUAAUUUGCACUUCAAAUCUCUGACCAAGGAGCAAUUUGUAAUUCAGUAUGCGUUAUGGUUCCGCUGGACAAACUGCGCAGAGUUAUUUCUUGAUGUAUUUGAUGUUCUACAAUAUACACAAACUACAGAAGUUGCUCUUGGCUUAAUGAAACUAACGUCAUGCUUGGAGCGAGCCUUGGGUGAUGUGUAUUUACUGAUUGGUAAAGAUUGCCCUUUCCUUCUAAGAGACUUGCUUGCUUCUGAGCAGCUUGCAGUUGUCUUUGGACAAGCUGUAAUGAAUAUACUGAGGGUGUUCAUUGGAUCUCCAUAUGGUCUGAAUCUUCGUAAUGUUUUCUGGCAUGGGUUUGCAUCCCCACAAGAAAUUCCUGCAAAAUAUUGUGCUAUGCUGCUCUUUUUAACUGCAGGAUUGGGUCAGUUGUUACAGACAUAUCUUCUGCAAACUAAAUGCGUUUUAGUACAUCGACCUUACGUGAUUUUCAUUAGCUUAGAGGAGCUUAAUGUAUUUCCAGAUCUUGAUCAUGAAACACUUUCCAUAGCUGAAGAGCUAGUGAAACUGUCCAGUUUUGUAUUAAAAACAAUGGUACCAUUUUGGAUGGCUGCUUUAAAAGCUUUCAAGCAAAGCAGGUAUGCUGACUGUGUGAUUCUCUUACUUCCUCAGCUGGAAGUUGGAUUUAGAUUACUCUUCACUACAACUAAUAACUGUCCAAAUCGAUUGCUAACAGCUGAGCCUUCUGCUCUCUACACCACUUUCGAUGAGAUGCUAGCAAAGUGUUUGGAUAAUGAAGAAGUCAACCAGCUUCCUGCAGUUCUUGGGGAACCUGCUAUGGAAUUUCUUUGGGAUUUCUUGAACCACCAGGAGGGUCCACGUAUAAGAGAUCGUUUAAGCCAUGGAGAGAUCAAUUUAGAAGCAUUUCCCAGAGAAGUAGCUAAUCAGAUAGUUGCAUUCGCAAUUACUCUUCUCUGCAGAUUCUCAGAUGGGGACAUGUUUGCUUUUAAGGAACACAUGGUCAUAAAAACACUGAUGAACUGUGCAAGUUGCUACCGUUCUCGAUUUCAUCCAAUUUCCCGACUCAAGAAACAGGUGCUGGAAUGUAUGAAGAGCAUUCACUUAUGGCUUGAAUUGCCAACAGUGCCUGAGGAACAUGUUCAAAUGAUUAAAGGGCUGGAAGGAAAUGCUGAAGCUAGUACUUUAAUUUUGAUGAUAUCUGAAAUUUUAUCUCAGUUGCAGCAAUAUAUGCCCCAGAAUUGCUGCACUUCAGAUGAUCCAAUCAAUAGUGUCCUAACAGAGAGGCUCUUGAUUGAACUUUGUGAUACACACAUUUGCACACUUUAUUCUCCGAGACCUGUUCUGGAAAUAUUGGUGGUACUCCGUAAAAUAAGCACACAGUGCCAUCGAGUGUCUGAACAAGUUAUUGCCAGCACUGCGUUGAGAUACAAACAGUGGAUGAACAAGACUCUACGUUCUCGCCAGAGGCAUAACUAUCUACGAAUGUUGAACAGCAUUAAAUUUUUGUCUCCAGUGUUGCGGCUCAUCUUAGUGUUGAUUACCCUGGAACUAGUCAACGUUCAUUUGGUUUGUAAGAAGAAUCCUUUUGAUUAUCAACAGUAUCUGAAGUUUAUGAAGUCGGUCCUGCAGUAUACUGAGAACUUGGUGACAUACACAAGCCCCGAGAAAAACAAGUGGGAUGAAACCAUGGAGCUUACAAACAAGGCUUUAAUAAAAAUAAGGAAAAUCAGUGACAGAAAGCUAAUGUUAAUGCAGCUAGCUACAUAAAUUAAAUGGGUGUAAGGUUAUUUGGACAUUGUUAUAUCUUAAGAGUUCUGGAGUCCUCAAAUUUGACAAGUCUAAAUCGAAGACAAACUUCAUCACUCAUUGU